AUGUGUGUGUUGUCGGCGCGCGUGCGUCAGAGAGAGGCGCGUGACGUCACGGCUGCACCUGAGUUUCGGCUGAAGGUGAAACUGUAGCAGAGACUGAAACACGCUUCUCACGCUUUUCUCACGCUUCUCACGGACUCACGAGCGCAUUACCCGAUUAACAACCGGUUUAUGACCACUUAAUAGAUCAGAUUCAUUCUCAAAGCAGCGCGUUUCGGCGGCAAAGGCCUCAGGAUUGCUGGGUUUUCCUGGUUCGACGCUUCCUGAAACCCUCAGGCCGUGAUGUCCUCUCAUCCGCGCCGUGUGCGGCUGAAGCCCUGGCUGGUGUCUCAGGUGGACAACGGGACGUUUCCGGGUCUGGUGUGGAUGGACCGCGAGGCCAAACGCUUCCAGAUCCCCUGGAAACACGCCACGCGCCACACGCCGCAGCAGGAGGAGGAGAACACCAUCUUUAAGGCCUGGGCCGUGGAGACGGGGAAGUAUCAGGAAGGUGUGGACGAGCCGGAUCCGGCCAAAUGGAAAGCACAGCUGAGGUGUGCCCUCAACAAGAGCCGCGAGUUCAACCUUCACGACAAACACACACACAAGUCACGACAAACACACACACACACGAUAUGUGAGUCUUUGAUUGUGAACACAGGUUCGGUUCCCACGUAUGAGACGGACGGUGAUGAAGACGAUGUUCCUGACACUCCCGAGCCUCCUCCUCCGUAUCCACCUCACGGCAUGAGCUCGUCUCCUCUGGGUCCGGUCUGGACUCCUCCGGGCUCCGUGUCUCCCAUGCAGCCGCCCAGCUGUCCUCCUCCCGCUGCUCCUCCCUCUGUGGAGGUGUGGCCCAAGAAGGAGCCGCUGGACGUGGAGAUGCAGCCACCGCCCAUGGAGCUGCAGACGCCCACGCCGCUGGAGGCCAUGUUUGCCACGCCGGAGACCUGGAUCAGCUCCCUGCCCAUGACGGAUCUGGAGGUGCAGUUCUAUUACCGCGGUAAGGAGGUGUGUCCGCCGGUGAUCGUCAGUAACCCGCAGGGCUGCCGUCUGUUCUACGGCGAUCUGGGGCCCAUCGUCAACCAGGAGGAGCUGUUCGGGCCGGUCAGUCUGGAGCAGGUGCGCUUCCCCUCCACCGAACACAUCACUAACGACAAGCAGCGAGUGUUCACCAGCCGCCUGCUGGACGUGAUGGACCGCGGACUCAUCCUGGAGGUGAGCGGACACGACAUCUAUGCCGUGCGCCUCUGCCAGUGUAAGGUGUACUGGUCCGGCCCCUGCGCGCCCAACCCCAACAUGCCCAACCUGAUCGAGCGCCAGCACAAGGUCAAGCUCUUCUGCCUCGAGUCCUUCCUCAGCGGUGUGAUCGCUCAUCAGCGUGGUAUGCUGUCGUCUGAGUCUCCGCUCUACGAUAUUCAUCUGUGUUUCGGUGAGGAGUGGCCCGACGGCAGACCCCGCGAACGCAAACUCAUCACGGUGCAGGUGGUGCCGGUGGUGGCGCGGAUGAUCAGUGAGAUGUUCUCGGGCGACUGCACGCGCUCCUUCGACAGCGGCAGCGUGCGGCUGCAGAUCUCCAUCCCGGACAUCAAGGACAACAUCGUGACGCACCUGAAGCAGCUGUACCGUCUCCUGCAGACGCACCAGGGGCAGGAGAACUGGCCUAUGCCUCCCAGCAUGCAGCUCCCGCAGGCGCAGCACUGACGCAGGUGACCGCUUUUAUCAGCCGCUGCUUCUGACGUCUGAGCUUUUAGCUGCGCUCUCCUGCUUUUACUGCAGACGUAUGUUAUGCGUGUGGUCCGCUUUCUCGCACUUUUCUUGGCUCUCGUAUGUUUUUAACCGCAUCAUGUGUUUGACGUCCCAUCAUGCAGAUUUGUGUAUUAAUGUUGUAUGGAUUUAU